UCGACGCUGGCUCGGUGUUCAGUGUGAAUUCGGCUGGAAGCUUGCUCGGAUGCUCUCGACUCGCUCUUGCAACGAAUUACGUGUAACAUUGAUACUAAACACGAUACAUCCAUACUUGAACGUCAUACUUACAGAGUUGAGGGUCUGGGAGGAUUGCUAUACUCGGCUAUAUUGUCAAAGUGCCCGUCCUAAUCUUGCGGCUUUUGUGUAAAAAAACUGCCGUACAGUCGUUGGUCUUGCCCGUCGAAAAGUGCCAACUUUCUCCCAAAAAAACGCUCUAGGGGCUCGUCAUCGACCACAAGACAGCCAAAUUUGGCACGUCAUGGAUGAACACGUUUUGUAAUAAUACAAUGACAAUAGUAACAACACCGUAAAUUCACAUGGAUGCGCGUGUGUAUACACAUUACACACCCGAGCCAAGCCCAUGAUAGUUAGGAGGCCGCAAGGAUGAGUUUGAAAGUGUUGCCGUUGAUGCCGCCGAGUGGCGUAGUGGUGAACGACGACGAGCACUGCUAUUACUACCACUAUCGCAACUACAUGGGGGGCAUGAAGAUGCUGGAGCGCGCGAGCGCUGCCCUCGUAGCUCGCAAGUCCAUCGUCUGGGCUCGUGAGUCCCUCGAGCGGCUACCCAUUAGGCUCACCCUGGAGAACGUCGGCUUGCUCGCCCUACUGUUGGCGCUGGUCAUGCCUCGCUUCCUCACUUACGCUCUGGUUUAUCCGAUUUUCAGACUCGUUUUUGGCACCCUGUAUCCAGCCUAUGCCUCCUACAAGGCCGUCAGGACGAAGAAUGUCAAGGAAUACGUAAAGUGGAUGAUGUACUGGAUCGUCUUUGCUCUCUUCACGUGUGCUGAAACCUUCACAGACGUCUUUUUUAGUUUUUGUACACAGCAGGGAGGCGGUGGUCUCGUGCAACAGCUGCGCAAAAGUUACAGUUUGAGCGAUUUGACCGGCGAGAAGGAAGACGCGGGACGCAUCAUCGAGCACUCGCCCGACGAGGUGGACCUAGACGAGCUUUGUCGCCGUGAGCGCACCGGUCGCCGAGGAUACAGUCCACGCAGGACCCAAUCGGGCACCAACCACGUCGAGAUGUACUUCUCCGAAGUCGACGUCGAGCUCACGCGGCAAUCGAGGGCCCGUGAAUCAGCGGUGGGCAGUCUAACAAACGUCAAAUCCUCGGAGGACAUAUCUAGCGGAUACAGCAGCGGCGAAGCUCUUCAGUCGCAAAAUAAUAAAAACACGAGCUCAAGUCAGGCGCCGCUUGUCAGGACCGCCAGCGUGGGAGCCCGCAACCGCACCAAAGUCACUAGGUCAUCGACGAAAAAGUUGCCCGAGAUCGGAGGAACGGAGGUUGACGAAAGAGAGCCCGCAGCAGGCACCAGGGAACUUUUCCUCAGGAAUCCCGCAUCUUUCCUAAUCUUCCAGCAAACCCUCGAAUUUUUGACCUUUUUGUCCCAAAACACGGACCAUUUUACGGCAUUGCAAAGCCAACAGCGUCAAAGUUGUAUGGUGAGCUCCGAUUCCGAAGAGGACGACAGUUCCACCUUGAAAGCAGACGAUAGUUCCUGCUUGGCCAUCGAAGAGAAAAAAGAAUUGGUGAAUGUUAUCAAGCCGUCGAUCCUCAUGCUCCAAGACGCCGUUGGGGGAGAAAAUCAAUUAUCGAAAGACGAUGAUAAAAUGUGCUUGGAAGACAAACAACAGACCAUGGACGAUUCUUGUGUCAAAAUGCGGGACUUUUUGGAAAUUAAAAGUAGCACAGACAUCUCUCGAAGCAGCUCGGACUGUAGCGAACGAGCCGGCAAGUACCAUAAGAGGCCAGCUCCAAAAGCUCCGGAAACGUUGGCCUGCAAGGAGGAUGAGGAGGAGCAAGAGGAAGAUUCAGUCGAAGAGAAGCCCGUUAAGGCAACCCUGGUGAUUAAAACCGGCGGCACGGUCAAAAGUUUCACUAGCAUCGCCAGCUGUGACGAUGCAGAGGUGAAGCGACGCAAAAAGUCAAGUGCCAGGACCGCGGCUCGCGAAAGCUUCUCCAAACUCCUUACCAUUCCCAAGAACAUCUUUCACAGUGCCUUCCAUAAAGAGCGCGAAGCAGACUGGAUUAAUUCAACGUCCGAAUCCGUUAAUUGUGAUAGCGUCAAGGACAACCGAAGCGACGAGGUGCUGUUAAAGAACGUUGAAGACGAAGUUGCCGAGGAUCAUCGCUCAGAUCUAACAGAUGAGGGGAUAAAUAUUUCAAGUUUUGCCACGCUGCCUCGGAAUAAAAAGACGACAAAGAAGAAAGUUACAUGAGAUCUGCAGGUGGUUCAGAGUCCGCAGAGGAUAUAGGACCAAGGGCUUUCGUUUGUCUGAUUUCUCCAGGGUAUUUUUUUUAUUUCAAUUGAGCUUCCGCCAUUCAUCGGUCAAUGGUUUCUCAAUGCAUCAACUCUAUGAACUGACUUGUAAAACAAGAUUAUCCAAUGGCCAAAAAUAAGAAAAAUAAUGUGCUAGCGUAAUAAUGAUUUGCUGUAAGAUGCUUGCACCAAUUUUGAAGAUCCUUCAAAGGAAACUCGUUUAUCGACAAUAGGUUCCAACUGAGAGAGACUGUUAGGCUUGUGAUGAUGCAGGUUCUAUUUAUAACUAAACUAUUUGAAUCUUGUCACCCGUUGUUGUUUUUUGCGAUGGUUGUAUCUUUAUACUUUUUAUAAUAAUUUCCUUAAUCAUAUUAACGCGCAACAUUGCACAUUGCCACAUUUAUCUUUGGCAUGGUUUUCGAUCCCAACGAAAAAAAAAAAAAAAAAAUGUUGGCUCGCGAUGGUGAGAGAAAUAAAUAAUUAUACUCGUAGUAUAUCCCAAUUGACAUUGGCGUUGUUGAAAAUUUUGUACAGAGUAUGAAUUUAGGAAAAAUUUACCUCACUAGACAUUUGCUUAAAAAAUCGAGAUUAUCACUAGUACGUAUUAAAUGCGUUUGUAACUGGCACAUAGUGUUUUACUUGGGCCAAAUGUGAUCUAGCUGAGUUGAAAAAAAAAA